UCAAAGACUACAUCCCCCAUGAUCCUCUGCCCUGUUUCAUCAUCGCUGAUAGUCUACAGGUGUCACUCAUUAGCCUGAUUAGCUCACCCUAUAUAAGUCCGGUUCACACUGGCAUUCAUUGCUAAGUCUUGCUAGUGUCAACUGCGUUUCUAAGCCUUGUUUCUUCCAUGUCUUGGUUCCUGCUCUUGUUACUCUGCCUGUUUUUGGAUUAGCCUUUAGCCUCUGUUUUUUGCCUUGGUGUUAUUGUCUGGACUGAUUACCUCUGUAUAUGAUUGUGGAAAUAUAUUGCCUUUGGAUCCUCUACCUUCGUGUCACCGUGCAGUUCAUGACGGCUGUAUACUGUAUACAGUGCUGGGCACUGAAGAGAAAUUUAAACUAGUAACUGUUUAAAACUAGCACUAAGUAUUGACAUCGAGGUUCAACUGCUCUUCGGACAGCAGGAGUUUGAGUCUGACUGAAGGUACUUUCCUGCUCCUGUUCUCCUCCUGCUGGUUCCUGCCUCUCAUUCUACUGUCCUGACCAUUAAAGCGUCUCUUUCAGAGGCCUUCAACAUCGACACUGAACAUCCACUGAGAUUGAAUGGCACGCCGGAAGAUUUCUUUGGUUACAGCGUUUAUCAGACUGAGGUUGGAAACCGGAAACAGAUCAUUGUUGGAGCUCCAUUAGAAGGAAACUCAACAGGGGAGAUGUACAGCUGCUCUGCAGAUCUGCAGUUCUGCAAACGGCUGCAGCGGCCAGGUUCAGAGAGCGUCCGCUUCUUUGGCAUGUCUGCUGCUGUGUCGUCUGCUGCUCUCACUAGCUGCAGUCCGUAUUUUCUUCAUGAGUGUGAUGGAAACUCGUAUCUGAACGGCGUUUGCUACCAGUUCAGCAGCAGCUUACAGGCCGUCUCCAACUUCACCAUCGCUUACCAAGAAUGCACCAAGAGAGAAGUCAAUCUGGUGUUUCUCUUUGAUGGAUCCAGCAGUAUGAAAACACACGAGUUUGACAUGAACAAAAACUUCAUUAAAGAUGUUAUGAAAAGACUUUCAAACUCAUCCAUAAAGUUUGCUGCUGUACAGUUUUCAUCAGAAAUACGAACUGUGUUUGACUUCAACGAUUAUCAGAAGGGCUCCGCUGAAGAGAAACUCAAGAAAGAGAAACACAUAAAUCUCACAAACACAUAUCGAGCAAUCAACUACGUUCAAAAUAAUCUGCUGAAUAACGUGUCGUCUGGAGCCAAUCUCAAUGCUCAGAAAGCUCUGGUGAUCAUCACAGAUGGAGAACCCACUGAAUCUGAUGAUAAUAAUGUCCUCAACAGAUGUGAAAAGCAAAAUAUCCUCCGUUACAUCAUCGGGGUGGGAAAGGUUAGUUUAACCACACUCAGUCAGCUGGCAUCAGAACCAAAACUGAACAACACCUUCUACAUUCAAGACUACAGUGGACUCAAAGGACUUCUUGACAACCUGCAAAAAAAGAUCUACAACAUUGAAGGGUCAAAGGAAGCUCACGGCAUAGACAGACAGAAAGAGCUACCACAGAGUGGAUUCAGUGUAAUCUACCAGGAGGACUCUGUGAUCGUAGGUUCGGUCGGAUCAAAUGACUGGCGUGGAGCUCUGUAUGAAGUGACAGGAUCAGGAUCUGAAUUCAGACAGACAGAGAUCAUCGAUCCAGCUGUAAAUAAAGACUCGUACAUGGGUUACUCUACUGUGCUGGGAAUGAGACGUGGCGUCUCUCUUCUGUUCUCUGGGGCGCCGCGGGCCGAACACACAGGUCUGGUGACCCUCUUCACCAAGAACCAAAACGCAUGGACAGUGACGAGCAACAUCAACGGAGAACAAAUUGGCUCAUAUUUCGGAGCGUCUCUGAGUCUGUUGGAUGUGGACUCUGAUGGAGACUCAGAUUUCCUGCUGGUCGGAGCUCCAUUAUUUUACCAGUCUCAGCCGAGGGCUGAAGGGAGGCUGUACGUCUACGCUUUAUCAGAACAGUAUUUUCAGAAGACGCUGCAAUCAACCACUGGCAGAUUUGCUGUGUCUGUGGCUUCACUGAAGGACCUGAAUGGAGACAGUCUGUCAGAUGUGGCGGUCGGGGCGCCUCUGGAGAAUGAAGGAGUGGUCUACAUCUACCUGGGCCACAGGGCGCAUGGCAUAAACCCUGAACACGCUCCUCAGCGGAUCCCAGCGCAAUCAGUCCUGCCCGGUCUGCAGCAGUUUGGAGUGUCUCUGUCCGGUCAGAUGGACAUGAACUAUGAUAAUCUGACAGAUAUCGUGAUCGGAGCACAAGGAGGGAUUGUCCUGCUCAAGGCUCGACCUGUGAUUUUGUCUGCGCAGCUUAGUUUCAGUCCAAAGGAAAUCAGUCUGAACUACUUUGAAUGUCCGAGUGACAACACAUUUAACGCAUUUGAUCUCACAUCAUGUUUCACCGUGAACGAGCGCACCAGUAGCACAGGAUCUCUGGAGAAGAAGCUGAAUGUUUCUCUGAAUCUGAAUGUGGAUGUGGUACGAAAAAUGAGUCGAGGACUCUUUGAUCUGAGGAAUUCAUCAUCCAGGACUCUGCAGAAGUUCGUCCUGCUGGAUUCUGGGUCCUCCUGUUUCAGCUUCUCCAUCUUCAUGCUGCGCUGUGUUGCAGACACAGUCUCUCCUCUGAAGAUAAGAAUGAAUUUCUCACAAACUGAUAUGUUGUCUGGAAACUCUAUGGCUGUUCUUGAUGUUCACAGCAGGAUGGAGGAGUAUGUCGAGGUGCCUUUUCAAAGGAACUGUAAUUCAAACAACAGCUGUGUGGCCGAUCUGAAGCUGAACUUCAGUUUUACGAACGACACGUUAGUGGUGGUGAAUCAUCCUCAUUUCAGCAUCCUCGUAUCGCUGGCAAACCCAGGCGACGACUCCUUCAACACCAGCAUAGUGCUGCAUUACCCAGAAGGCCUCUCACUUUCAAAAUUUGAUGCCAUUAAGCCGAGUCGGACUCGAAGCAGCUGUGGUGAUCGGGACAGCGGUGCUACGAACAGAACAACCUGCAGCAUCAAUCUACCGGUGUACCGCAGCGGCACCACAACUCAGUUUCUGGGAACUUUCCGUGUGACUAAAUGGGAUCACGACUCGUCUGACAGGAUGGAGAUGAUGAUUACUGCCAACAGUGAUAACAAUGGAAACAUGAGUGAUACGGCGGUGAGGAGGAGCGUCCCGGUUCAGCACUGCGGUUGAAGACUUUCCUCUCAUAAACGUGAAUGCUAAAGAAAACUGAGUCAGUGAGAACGACAGCACAGAGAAAGAGAAUGGAGAGAGAGAGAUGAGCCCCAGUCCUGAUCCUCCCAACACAGACGAAUAAAAUCUCACUUUAUUCCAACACAGCACAAGUUAAAGAAGUUUGUUUUGAUGGAGCUGAAAAUGGUCUUUUAAUGGUCUAGUUGUAUGGAGAUAUGAUUUAAGGUUCAGUAUGUUUAGUUCAAUGAUAUGCAGCAUGUGUAGCUUAUGUCUUGAUUCUAGUGACUUAAAUUGUAGUUUAGUUAUGAUAAGCCAGUUUUAUUCUGAUAUUCACUUAUAUGGGCAUUUUCUAUAAAAAAAAAAAAAGUAUUGAGUUAUUUUUUUAUUGAUUUUAGUAAUAAGUAGAUUAAAUCUUUUUUCUUCUUUAUCUUUUUAAUCUCAAAGAAAGUGUUCUGUAAGUAACCUUCACACCGAAUAUUGGUAGUCAUUUGAAGAAGAGAAAUUAAUAAUCAAUCAGUAUAAAUAAAUC